AUGCCUGGUGUGACGAACCCAGUGACUAUGCCUUUGAUUGGAGCGACGAGCCCCAUGCCUUCAAUGCCUGUGAUGCCACCUGGAUCAGGACAAGUGCCUCAAGUUCCUUUGGCGCAGUUUGGCAGCCCUUCUUCCUUAGGAAUGUUCGGGAAUUUCACCAAUGUUUCACAUCAGAUGGGAUCGCAAAUGGGAUACCCAAAUGAAAGUAAUGCCCCUCAAAGCCAAACCAUGAGCGGCAACCAGCAUUUUUGCGGCAGCCGCGAACUCUGGAGGGUGCUCUCAGCAGAACUCAUGUCCUGGACCAUGCAAUGCACCCACAACAGCGACUUCAGCUUUGGUUUUCUGGAUCAGACUGCAGGGCCUUCAGCAAGUCCCCAAGUAAGCAGUGCCUUCGAGAUGCUUGGAAAGUCUCCUGCGACUGCCACUCAAGUGAACGAUCGCAAACUUAUCCCAAGCUGGAAUGGCAAUGUGGAAACUUUGCGUGCUUGGUUGCAGCUUUCCUUGUGGGAGCUGGACAACAACUUGCCGAAAAGCCGAUGGGGUCUGAAGCUUAUGCAGUCCUUCGCAGAAGGAUCAGCUCCGAGGAAGAUAGCUGAGACGAUCGACAUCCCGACCUUGACAUCGGAUGCUGGCUACGGCGCGAUUCUCUCAGCAAUCUUGGCCAAGUACUCUCCCUUCCUAGAAGCUGCCGGUCCUGCUAUGGCAGUGAAGUACAGCUCCAUGUUGACGUUUGAGCAAGUGGCCAAUGCACUUCGACCACUUGAUCGCCCUGAAGCUUUGGUGACAAAGGCUUCCAAAACUUAUGCAGUUGUGAGAUCGGAAGAUGAAACUGAAGGUUAUGAGGAAGCUGAAGGAGAAGACGAUGAAGAAGAGCUUCAACAUGAUGAGGAGGAUUCUGGACCAGAGAGUGAUGGCAAUGGUAGUCUGGCCUACUUGAUGUUCGACACCAACGAGGAGUUCACCGAAGAGGAAGCAGCCUACAUCUAUGCCUACAACUCGGCAUACAAAGAUGUGAGACGUGAACUUCAAGCCAGAAAGAAAGGACGACAGUUCUUCAAGCCUCGUGGUGGAGUCAUCAAGAAGGGCAAGAACAAAGGUAACAAAGGACAGUCAAACGGAAAGGGAAGUUCAAACUCUUUCCAAAGUGGCCAAGGACGUGGAAAAGGAUCACGAGGAACUCCUGAGGAGCCCAUGGCGAAAACAAGAUGUUUUUCUUGCUUCCAGCUUGGCCACAUGUCUCGUGAGUGCCCCAACCGGCGUGAAGAGUCUGCAAGCAACUUCUUUGUCUGCCAAGGUAGUUCAGGUGUCCUCCAAAACAGAACCUAUGUCACCAUUCUGAACUUUGUCAACAUCUCCGAGACUAAGGAGCAGAAAGGUCUACAGGGACAUGCGCUGGCAUUGGUGGAAGCGCAAAGAUUGUCGGAGUUAUUCGACAUUCCUGUUGGUGUUGCCAAAACCAAUGGAUUGCUGAGGGUGACUGAGAUUUCUGACGAGGGUGCGUUCAAGACACCUUUCCUGCUGCCCAUCUCAUACAUUGAAUUGGUGGGAGCGGCCAUUGACACCAACACUGAGCAGUUCAUUUUGCGAAGUGGCCGAAGCACUCCAGUGAAACGACAGCUUCGAGAAGAGCUCAACCUCAAAGAUGGUAACCCUUUUGCCCUGCCAAAGAAGCACAUGCGAAAGAAUGUCUCUUUGCGACAGCAACCAGGUGUUGCGGCGUGGCUGAAAACAGAUGACCAGCUGCAGUACAUGGGAACCUUGAAGGGGCGCCGUACUACACUGGUCGAUCCAAAAAGAAACUUUCAGUGCUUCGGCGAUUUCCACAUUGAAACGUUCAAGGGUGACAGGAAACAGUUUGAGAAUGACACCAAGAAUGUUGCAGUUCAGCGUGAUGUCAAGCAUGUUCAUUUUGCAGAUGUUCCAGCAGAUGUCAAAGUUUUCAGUAGGGAUGUCAAUGUAGAUGCCAAAGAUCAAGCAGUUCUCUCUUGCAACAGCGCAUCGUCCGAAUCCAGCAGCACCCAAGGGCCCAUCACUCCCAACAAGACCAAGCUGACGGCAGAUCAACUACUGGAACAGCAACUCCUGAAAGCCGCAAGGGAGAAGGAAAGCCGCAAGAAGAUGUCAUCCGGGCCAUCAACCGAGACGGGCAAUGCAGAGACGCACGUGCUGAACUCCUCGGAGGAGGAGGAAAGUCCCCUGGCCAUCGCGGACGGUGAAUCAGCCAUGAAUUCAGAUGUCAAGCCACGGACUCCCAAGGGCACCACAUGCAUGCCGAGAACGACCUUGGGAACUAUGUCAAGGGUGGCUUUUUUUUCAUAUGUCAUGAUUUGGUCGUGGCUGCCACAUGCAGAUGCAAGGCUGAAUGACUUGCUUGGCAAUCAGGUUCAUCUUGAAAGCCGAGGUGGCGACAAGACCGAAGAUGGCAUGUAUCGUUUUUCUUACUUUGUGAAUGGCAGCUUGAAGCAGUUGCCACGGACUGACUUUGAGGGAACGCCCAAGAUUUUGGACAGAAACCAACGGCAUUUUGUUGUUGGAGCACUACGAAAUUAUCUGGAUCACGUUGGUGAAGUUUACUCACCACCCAGGGUGACCAAAGAGGCAUGUCUUCAAGGGAAAGGCCAGAUUGCUUUGGACUUGACAACUGGCUGGGACUUCCGAAUUCCUGAGCAUCGGAAGAAAGCCCUUGCAUUGAUAGCAAAGUUACAUCCUGCGGUGCUGCUGCUCGCCCCUCCAUGCACAACAUUCUCUCCUUUGCGACGGCUCACCAACAGCAAGCGAGAUAGCCGUCAAGUGCGACAGGAAGAAGUUGAAGGUGAACAACACAUGGACUUCAGUGUGUCCCUUGCAGACUUGCAGAUGGGGGAGCGCAGGGGUUUCAUUUUGGAGCAGCCUGCACCUGCGACAUCAUGGCAGAGACCCAGAGUGCGUACACUUGUUGAAAAUCCUGAGGUCCACUUGGUGCGAGCUGGCAUGUGCCAGUUUGGACUUCAUCAAGGCGAACCUGUUCAGAAGCCAACCAUCCUUGCCACCUACAUUGAUGAGAUUGCUGCCCAUGCUCACAACGCAGGUGUGAGCGGCAUCAAAGAAGCUUUGGGAAUAAAGGCAUACCUACAACAUCCCAAUCAUCUUCAACAAGCAUUCGCCUUUGGCAAGAACCUGGGGUCGCAAGCUCAUGUCUUUGCUCAGGGUUGCUUGGAAUUGGAUGCCGAUGUCAAUGCGGCCUAUGGACUUCACCUUGACCUUGGACUUUGCGGUCAAGAGGGCCCAGCAUCCGCACCAGCCGUUGGACUUUCGCAGCACGAUGGAAUUCGAAAUGCUGCACGGCUGGAAUCCAUUGAGCCAGGUACAUCUUCCCAACCUGGAACUUCGUCAAAGGCGGUUAUGCCUCUCAUGGAUGUUGAAGCCCCAGAAGAAGGCGAGGAGGUUGAAGAUAUGGUUGCUGAAGCAAGACGGCAGAUGAGACAUGUUGCCGACUUGAGGGUUUUCAAAGAAGCGAUGAUGGAGAAUUUUCGCUCGCUCCAAAUCUUCGCCGAGAAGUCCACCGAGUUCAUAGAAACCUUGGACAUCCUGGCAAUGAAGUCUUUGUGCGAGCGUUGCAAAAUGCUGGUGUUCGAGAUCACAUCAUUGAAUGGACCAAAAAAGCAUUUCAGAUGCCCCACAUGCGAUGCUAGACCAAGGCCAAAACCUUCAAGACCUGGUCACUUGUUGCGUGCGCUUGAGUUCAACACGGUGGUUGGCAUCGAUUUGUGCUUCCUGGAUUUCAAGGGUCAUCAGGUGAUCUUGUUGAACAUGCUCUGUUGGGGAACAAACUUCCAGCAGGCCAGCAUUUGCAAGGACAAAUCCGCAGAAGAAGUCCUUGAAGUCUUCAUGAAGGUUUGGUUGCAGCACUAUGGUCGUCCUGUUCGUCUCAUCACGGAUAGAGGUAAGGAGUUCUAUAGCGACAAGCUGCAACAGAACAUUGGCGGUUUGGGCGUUGGUUUGCACUACAUAGAUGCACAAAGCCCAUGGCAGAACACACGCACUGAGAAAGCUGGUGGAAUUCUGAAGGAGAAGAUUUUAGCAACAGCUCAAGCGACAGCAGCGUCUCUUGAGGAACUUCCUUUGGUGAUUGCAGAAACCGUUGCAUGUAGGAACAGAUACAUGGACCGAUAUAGUUUCAGUCCCAUGCAGCGUGUAUUUGGAAAGAAUCUGAGACUUCCUGCAAGCCUGAUGUCCUCAGAUGCGCUGAAUCAAGAGUUGGUGGAUGCUGCAGCUCCUGACCCAAUCCACAGAGCUUGGCAGAUCCGUGAAGUUGCUUCGCAGGAAUGGCUUCGCCGUCAAGACCAAGGAGCAGUUCGACGAAGCAUCAGAGCUCAAUCUCGAACGACGGAUCAGGUGAACAUUCCCAUUGGCUCUUGGGUCUAUGUCUUUAGAGAUUCACCCUCUUACAAAGGUUGGGUUGGUCCUGGUGUGACGAUUGCGGAAGAUCCUUCUGGAAAAUCAACAAGGAUCUCCAUGCGUGGUCGCUUGUGGAAAGCUUCAAGAGAACAGUUGAGACUUGCAACUGCAGAAGAAGAACUUGGAGCAGAGUUGAUAGUUGAAAUGUCAAAGGAGAUGCUGUCAAAACUUCACAAGCCUGGCCACGUUGUUUUCCAAGACGUAUCUGCAGGUGGUCCAACGGGUGAGUACUUUGAUGAAGUCAUGCGCACCCUGAACAUCCGUGAAGACCGACCAUCAGAUGAAACUAUGAGUUCAAGUAGAAGCAGCACCACUGAGCAAACUUCUACAAACCCAUCGUCGACAGCAGAGUCUGGCGAAACUGAAGAAGGCUCGAAUUCAGCUAUUGCGCCUGGUUCUGAGCAAGCCAGUCGCCGUGCUAGCGCAGUAUCAGAAGCAGCUGAUGGCGCUGCCCCAAUGCAGGUGAUUCCAGAAGAAGCGCCAAUGGAUGAGACCUCAGAUGGAACCACACCUGCGAAUGCAGAAUCAAUGCCUUCAAGAUCUUUUGGCCCCUCGCUCACUGAAAGAAUGCGGCGAGGCCCAUACACGCCACCACAGAUCUUGAGAUCUGAUGAUGUUCUGCUGGACCAGCCAGAAACUCCUACAAUGACCAGAACUUCAGUGACCGAGCCCGCUCCACUUUUUGGCAAUUGCUCGGUGACUUCGCCAAAUCCAAGAACACCAUAUCCCUUUCAUGCGGGCACUCGAUCCUUGCCGAGACCUCCAGGCCAUUCAUUUUUCCUGGAAGUCAUUGACUUUGACAAUGACUCUGCAGAAGUUGCAGGACAAGCUUCAAUGGCAUUUGUUGGUGCUACAUGGAGGUUUGAUCGAGAAGUGCGGCGAACAACGCUACAGCCGUACACAGAUGAUGGUGUUUCAUUUGCGAAGUGGAAAUUUUCAAAGUUGUCUGAAGCUGAGAAGGUUCAGUUCAGAGCCUCACGCAAGAAGGAGCUGGACAGCUUGGUUGCCACAGGUGCGGUUGAGAUUUUGUCCGUAGAGGACAGCCUGAAGUUUGCCAACGAGACUCCAGAACAGAUCAUCGACUCCAAGUACGUUGAUCGCUACAAGCGGAUCGCAGUUCCAAGCAGAAGGCAUCUGCAAGCCACUGAACUUGAAGCUGAUGCCACAAACCCCAAAUCCAGACUUUGUGCAGUUGGAUGGCAAGAUCCCCAGAUACUUGAAGUGGAAAGGUCAUCGCCGACACCGCUUUCCACAUCACUAUAUCCUUGUCUACAACUAGCUGCAAGCAGACGCUGGAAGACAAGGGUCAAAGAUGUGAAGACUGCAUUCUUGCAGUCGCUGCCGACAACGAGGACAAGACCUCUUGCCUGCAGACUUCCAAGGGACGAAGCUCCAGAAGGCUUGGAUGAACGUCAGUUGCUGCUUUUGAAAACUGAAAUAUAUGGACUGGUUUCCGGGCCAAGCUGGUGGAGACGGACAUUGCUGAAAGUGGCGACAGAGCAGUUGGGCUAUGUGGUAAACUGCUACGACCGUUGCGUGCCGACGCUGCCGUCCAAAGACCCUCAACCGGGCGCUCCAUCAGAAGGUUUCAUCGUCAUCGAAGUGGACGACAUGGCAGAAGCUGGUGGCGCAGAACACGUCAAAUGCAUGCAGAAGUUGGAAGCUAUGUUGAAGUAUGGGAAAAUUGAAGACCUCCAAUCGAAGGAGGGAACCAACUAUGCUGGACGAUUUCUGCGACAGCUGCCAGAUUUCUCAUUCGAAAGCAACAUGGAUGAGUUCAUCUACACCAGGCUGGAACCCAUAGUGCCUCAACGAAAAGUACUGAAAAAGAACGCUGCCGAUGUCAAACUGUCAGAAGGUGAGAAAACGCAACUCCGAGGUCUGAUUGCUUCACUGAAUUGGGUGUCGAGAGAAGGACGACCCGAUGCUUCAUCCGCUGCUUCGAUCUUGGCUUCAGCAUUUCCGAGUCCAACCAUGGAGCACAUCUUUGCGGCGAAUGACGCAGUGAAACAUUUGAAGACUUUUCCGGUAGUUCUCAGAAUUCAUGCUAUCCCUGAGAAAGAUUUGCGUUUGAUUCUGAUAGGAGACUCUGCAUUUGAUACCAGCGGCAAAGAAAAAUCACAACAUGGUUGGUUGUUAGGGUUCACUUCCCCUGCUUUGAAUCGUGGUGAAAGUGCUCCGGUAUCAUUGAUGCAGUGGCGAUCAAAGCGUUUGAGACGCAAAGCAGCAUCCCCAUUGCUUUGCGAGGCGAUGUCAAUGUCAGCUGCAACAGGUCCAAUGGAGCGUUUGGAUGCAUUUUUCCGAAGCAUCGCGAUGUCUCACUUUAGCCCACGUCGAAAACAGCUGACAGAAGAUCAGUACUUAGAAGCAUCAGGGAAGGCAACUGUCAUCGCACCCGACUCAAAGAAUUUUGUGGAUCCCCAUAGCAUUUGUGUGAUGGAUGCCAAAAGCUUGUAUGAUUCUUUGAAUUCAGAACAGAGUCAGGGUGACGAUGAUAGAAGUGCACUGGAAGCAGCGAUCACUCGCGAAAGCCUUUAG